UUCUGUUUUGACACAUCAGGGACCUACCUGGCCAGGAAGAAGCUGCCCUUCCUAGGGAUAGCUAAUUCACCCUGACCUGUGAACACACCUUUCAUAUGCAGACCAACCCCCACCACCUACCUCCAUUAUCAUAAUUUUUGCACCCCAAGCCAAUUCCUCCCUCCCCCUAAAUCAACCCAGGGCCAGGUCACAGGCAACUAGGCACAGCCCCUCUGCCCCAAAGCCUGCUGGGAUUAUUUUAACUGGCCAGUCCUAAACUGUUUACUCUGCCCUGCCUUUCCUGCGGAAACCCUAAGAAAGGCUGUGGCUUUUGCCUUCCCCUGGCUCCUUUGUGCCUCCUGACUGACACGGGUGCUUCCUCCCGUGGACCUGGCCUGCCGUGGCACGGCGCACCUCUCUCCUUUCUGGCCAAAUGGCGAAAAUGAGUUCUUCAGUAAGAAGAAAAGGCAAGCCAGGCAAAGGAGGUGGAAAAGGGUCGUCUAGAGGAGCCAGAGGAGGCAGGAGUCACACCAAUAAAUCGCAUGGGGGCGGCGGUGGCAGUGGUGGUGGCAGCACUGGCAAUCGGAAGGCCUCGAGUAGAAUUUGGGAUGAUGGCGAUGACUUUUGUAUCUUCAGUGAAUCAAGACGCUCAUCCAGACCUAGCAACAGUAGUGUAAGAAAAGGAGAGGCACGCCCCAGAUGGAAGCCCGAAGCCAAAGUGCCCCUUCAGACCCUGCACAUGACUUCUGAGAACCAGGAGAAAGUGAAAGCUCUUCUCCGGGACCUGCAGGAGCAAGACGCAGACGCUGGAUCUGAAAGAGGCAUUUCUGGGGAGGAGGAAGAUGAUGAACCCGAGUGUGAUGAUGAACAGUACUGGUCUGCUGGACGAGAAGCUUCCCUUGUUCCUGACUGUGACCCUUUGGAAUAUGCUGGCUCAGGCCCAAUGGAGCCUCAUAGUCCAGAGUUUACCGUCUCGACAUUUGCAGUGCAGAAGCUUUCCAGGUACGGCUUCGACACCGAGCGCUGUCAGGCAGCCCUGAGGCUCUGUGAUGGAGACAUCGGGGCAUCACUAGAACAUCUGCUCACACAGUGUUUUUCAGAGACAUUUGGGGAGAAGAUGAAGAGCUCGGAGGCAGUUGCCCAUGUCAGCUUGGAUGAGUGUGUGGAACAGCGGCAGGAAGAGGCAUUUGCUCUCAAGUCCAUCUGUGGAGAGAAAUUUAUAGAAAGAAUUCAGAACCGAGUCUGGACCAUUGGAUUAGAACUGGAGUACUUGACGAGUAAAUUCUGCAAAUCCAAGCAAAAGGAAAGUACCAAAAAUACACAGGACGCUACACUUGAAGUCUGUAAAUUUUACCUCAAAGGAAAUUGUAAAUUUGGAUCAAGAUGCAAAUUCAAACAUGAAGUGCCCCCACAUCAGAUUGUCGGAAGAGCGGAGAGAAUUGUAGAUGAUUCUCAUCUUAAUGCCCACGAAGAUGCCUCUUUUUUAUAUGAACUUGAAAUUCGAUUUUCUAAAGACCACAAAUACCCUUACCAAGCUCCUCUUGUGGCAUUUUAUUCCACCAACGAGAAUCUACCUCUGGCUUGUCGUUUACACAUUUCUGAAUUCCUUUAUGGCAAGGCCUUGACAUUUGCAGAAACUUCAGAACCUGUUGUGUAUUCUCUGAUAACCGUUUUAGAGGAAGAAUCAGAAAUAGUCAAUUUACUGACAAAUACCCAUCACAAGUACAGUGUCCCUCCUGUAAACUUUCUGCCAGUAUCCUCUGGGACCAGAAUAAAUAAUCCUGUCUGUUGUAAACCAGUGAUUCCAAGUAAUUCUUUUGCUUCAAAUCAAAUUCCUGAAGUUGAAAAAGAAUCAGAACCUGAGGAGGAGACAGAUGAGGAUGAAGGUCCUGCACCAGUUAGAGUGGAGAAUGAAAGCUAUGUGAACCUUAAGAAAAAGAUUUCCAAAAGAUAUGACUGGCAGGCAAAAUCAGUACAUGCUGAAAAUGCUAAAAUCUGCAAGCAGUUCCGAAUAAAACAGGCUUCCAGACAGUUCCAGUCAAUUCUGCAAGAAAGACAAUCACUCCCUGCUUGGGAAGAAAGAGAAACCAUUCUUAAAUUGUUGAGCGAGCACCAAGUGCUUGUUAUAAGUGGUAUGACGGGAUGUGGGAAAACUACACAGAUCCCUCAGUUUAUUCUGGAUAAUUCUCUGAAUGGACCGCCUGAGAAAGUGGCUAACAUCAUCUGUACCCAACCCCGACGAAUUUCAGCAAUAUCUGUUGCUGAACGUGUUGCUAAAGAAAGGACAGAAAGAGUGGGUCUGACUGUGGGGUACCAGAUCCGGCUAGAAAGUGUCAAGUCCUCAGCCACCAGGCUGUUAUACUGCACCACGGGCGUCCUGCUGAGAAGGCUGGAAGGAGACACAGCUCUCCAAGGAGUUACCCAUAUCAUCGUUGAUGAAGUUCAUGAGAGGACAGAAGAAAGUGACUUCUUGCUGCUAGUCUUGAAGGACAUUGUGUUGCAGAGACCAACUCUUCAAGUUAUUCUAAUGAGUGCAACUUUAAAUGCUGAGCUCUUUUCAGAAUAUUUCAGUUCCUGCCCAAUUAUUACUAUACCAGGUCGUACAUUUCCUGUUGAUCAGUUUUUUCUGGAAGAUGCAAUUGCUGUGACAAGGUAUGUGUUACAGGACGGGAGCCCGUAUAUGCGCUCCGCGAAGCAGAUGACAAAGGAGAAGCUGAGAGCAAGGCACAGCAGAACUGCAUUUGAAGAAGUAGAGGAAGACCUGAGGCUCUCUCUUCACCUCCAGCCCCAGGAUUCUGUCAAAGAUGCAGUGCCAGACCAGCAGUUAGAUUUCAAGCAGCUCCUGGCCCGCUAUAAAGGGGUUAGCAAAUCAGUCAUCAAAACAAUGUCCAUCAUGGAUUUCGAAAAGGUUAAUCUUGAAUUAAUAGAGGCCUUGUUAGAGUGGAUUGUAGAUGGAAAGCACUCCUACCCUCCAGGUGCUAUCCUUGUAUUUUUACCGGGACUAGCAGAAAUCAAAAUGCUGUAUGAACAGCUACAGUCUAAUUCUCUCUUCAACAACAGACGCAGUCAUCGAUGUGUGGUGCACCCACUUCAUUCAUCUUUAUCCAGUGAAGAGCAGCAAGCAGUGUUCGUAAAACCCCCUGCGGGUGUAACCAAGAUCAUCAUUUCCACCAACAUUGCAGAGACAUCCAUAACCAUCGACGAUGUUGUCUAUGUCAUCGAUUCCGGGAAAAUGAAAGAGAAGAGGUAUGAUGCCAGCAAAGGGAUGGAGAGCCUAGAAGAUACUUUCGUCUCUCAAGCCAAUGCUCUGCAGAGGAAAGGUCGAGCAGGCCGUGUUGCCUCUGGGGUCUGCUUCCACUUAUUCACCAGCCAUCACUUCAAUCAUCAGCUGUUAAAACAGCAGCUUCCAGAGAUUCAAAGAGUGCCGUUAGAGCAGCUGUGUCUGAGAAUUAAAAUUUUAGAGAUGUUUAGCACUCACAAUCUCCAGUCUGUGUUCUCUCGGCUCAUUGAGCCGCCACACACUGACUCUCUCCGCGCCUCAAAAAUACGAUUACGAGACUUAGGAGCAUUAACUCCAGAUGAAAAGCUGACCCCCCUAGGGUAUCACUUGGCCUCUCUGCCCGUGGAUGUGAGAAUCGGCAAACUGAUGCUGUUUGGGUCUAUCUUCCGCUGUCUGGAUCCUGCCCUCACCAUUGCUGCCAGUUUGGCUUUUAAGUCUCCUUUUGUGUCUCCCUGGGAUAAAAAAAAGGAAGCUAACCAGAAAAAGCUAGAAUUUGCAUAUGCAAACAGCGACUAUCUGGCUCUUCUACAAGCAUAUAAGGGAUGGCAACUAAGUACGAAAGAAGGAAUGCGUGCAAGUUACAAUUACUGCAGACAGAACUUCUUGUCUGGAAGAGUUCUUCAGGAAAUGGCCAGCCUCAAACGACAAUUCACUGAACUGUUAUCAGAUAUAGGCUUUGUAAAGGAGGGACUCAGAGCAAGGGAAAUUGAGAAAAGAGCCCAAGGAGGAGAUGGUAUCUUGGACGCCACAGGAGAAGAGGCAAACUCCAAUGCUGAGAACCCCAAGCUGAUAUCAGCCAUGCUGUGUGCUGCUCUUUAUCCAAAUGUAGUGCAGGUGAAAAGCCCAGAAGGGAAAUUUCAGAAGACCAGUACUGGAGCUGUCAGAAUGCAACCCAAAUCAGAUGAGUUGAAGUUUGUCACCAAGAACGAUGGCUACGUGCACAUCCACCCUUCGUCAGUGAACUAUCAGGUCAGACACUUUGACAGCCCCUACCUGGUGUACCACGAAAAGAUCAAAACUAGUCGGGUGUUCAUUCGAGACUGCAGUGUGGUGUCCGUGUACCCCCUGGUCCUGUUCGGGGGAGGCCAAGUGAGCGUGCAGCUUCAGAGAGGGGAGUUUAUCGUGUCCUUGGAUGACGGUUGGAUCCGUUUUGCGGCUGCUUCGCAUCAGGUGGCCGAAUUAGUAAAGGAACUCCGUUGUGAACUUGACCAGCUCCUCCAGGAUAAGAUAAAAAACCCAAGCAUAGAUCUGUGUACAUGUCCUCGAGGAUCCCGGAUCAUCAGCAUGAUUGUGAAACUUGUCACCACACAAUAAAGACCAGUCUCAGGAG